AUGAAGUUUGCAUCUCUUGUUCUCUCCGCUGCUUUUGCGGCAGCAGCGCCUCUAUCUCGAAGCACUGAUGUUCGGCUUGUCACUUACAACAUUCGCCUCGCACCAAACAAGCCCCAAUGGGGCGAGGAACGAUGGCCUGUUCGUCGUCCACGCUUGACAGCCCAAAUCAACUACGAGACCUCUGGGAGGCCGGAAUCCAUCGUGUGCAUGCAAGAAGCAUUGUAUCCGCAAAUCCAAGAUAUCCAACAAGAUCUGGGGAGCGAGUGGGACUACUAUGGUAUCGGACGCAGGGGCGGCCAAAGUGAUGAAUUCUCCCCAAUUUUCUAUCGUCCUUCUGUUUGGAAUAUUGAAGACAAGAAAACAUACUGGCUGAGCGACACACCUGAGAAAGUUGGUUCCAGGGGAUGGGACGCCGCAUUCCCCAGGAUUGUCACCGUCGCGCGCUUUCAACAUGCCGCUACAGGUAAUCGCAUGGUCUAUAUGUGCACGCAUUUCGACCACAAGGGGAAAAAGGCUCGUGCUAACUCGGCAAAACUAAUUACUGAUAUCGCCGAGAACUGGUCUGUACACGACGGCGAGACCAUACCUGUCUUCAUUGGCGGCGACCUCAACUCCUCCCCCAGUGGUGCGGCUUACAAGCAUCUCGCCAAAACCAUGAACGACGUGAAGAGCCUCGUCCCGCAGAGUAAGCGAUAUGGACAUUCGUCGUAUACUUACACUGGCUUUACUACGGUGCCAUGGGAUGACAUGUAUCUCGAUCACAUAUUCGUGCACGACCCGACCGGUAUCGAAUUCAAGGCCUUUGCAGUGGUCAAUUCGCGAUAUGAGGAUGGGGUUUUCAUUUCGGACCAUAGGCCAGUCGUGGUGGACGUACGACUAAACCAGGUCAGUCGCAAGCAACGAAGGACAGGGGAGAAAAAGGACGAGUUCUAG